GAGCAAAUUUUAUGUAAGGCUCGUUGGCAACCCUAAUAAUUGAAUAGUGAAUUAGUGAUCAAGAAUCUGCCAUUUUGAAUUUGAUCGUCAUAUCUUGUUCACGCAUCUACAAUGGCGGACGCAGCUCCAGCCGGUGGACGUGGCGGUUUCCGAGGUGGCUUUGGGUCUCGUGGUGGUGAUAGAGGCCGUGGCGGUCUCCGUGGACGUGGACGUGGUCGCGGCAGGGGCCGCGGACGUGGAAAGGAAGAUCAGAAAGAAUGGGUGCCGGUCACCAAACUCGGACGACUUGUUCGCGAGGGAAAGAUCGACAAACUGGAAAGCAUCUAUCUGUUUUCGUUGCCCAUCAAAGAAUUCGAAAUCAUUGACUUUUUCUUGGGCGCCUCGCUUAACGAUGAAGUAUUGAAGAUCAUGCCUGUUCAGAAGCAGACCCGUGCCGGUCAACGUACCCGAUUCAAGGCAUUCGUCGCUAUAGGAGACAAUAAUGGCCACAUUGGUCUUGGAGUGAAGUGCAGCAAAGAAGUAGCAACUGCAAUUCGUGGUGCUAUUAUCCUUGCUAAACUCUCUGUUCUGCCUGUGCGAAGAGGUUACUGGGGUAACAAGAUUGGAAAGCCACAUACAGUACCAUGCAAGGUCACAGGAAAAUGUGGUUCAGUAACUGUGAGACUGAUUCCGGCUCCACGUGGAACUGGUAUUGUGUCUGCCCCAGUUCCUAAGAAGCUUCUUCAAAUGGCUGGUGUUGAAGACUGUUACACAUCUGCCCGUGGUUCAACUGGGACUCUUGGAAACUUUGCAAAGGCCACAUAUGCAGCUAUUGCUAAGACCUAUGCCUACCUGACACCAGACCUGUGGCGAGACAUUCCCUUGACCAAGUCACCCUACUCUGAAUUUAAAGUCUAAAAUUCUUAAAUAAAUGCUUUGACUUAA